CACUACCAAAAUUCCAGGCAACGAUGGGCCUUGUUGAAAAUAUUCCAUCCUUCCACGCUCAACAUUCUUCAACUCCACCUUUCUUUCCCUCUGGGACUUGAGUUGCUCUGUUGCUGUUUUUUGCUCGGAACGCCACGUUUCACAUCGUUUGCUCCAUCGAGGGCCUACCCCGGAUCUUUUGGAAGAUCUAGGUACUUACUAUCAGAUCCAUCUGGGACCACGGGCCAGCCUGGGUACCCGUUCCUUGGACCCGACGGAACCUAAGUAGGCGAACUGCAGCGAGACAGUGCAGCUCCAAAAACACUUUAGCCCAGCAGAACCCCAACGCACGCAACGUCAUUCUCCGAUCUUCCGGUACCAAUCCGACGACUCUUUUCUUUCUUCUUGUUCCACCCGCCGGCAAAAACACGGUCAAGCAUUGAUCUUGCACUGACCCUGCCAUCCACCACAACACCCACUCAAACAGGGCUGAAGGGCUAAAGGGGCCAAGACCCACCAAAAUCUCGGCCGUCUCUGGGUCCAAGUCCGAGCCGCCCCUCGCUUUUACUCUCGGACCUCCGCUGCCCUUCAUCAUGUCGGAGCCUAGCCGGGGCAGCGUCGAACCCAGCAGUGUUGAGCGCAGUGUCGAGCCGAGUCAGUCUCCUGCCGCCAGCAACAGGCGUGACCGCAUCAGCAGCCGGGACCGGGACGAGUCCCAUGACCAGGACGACGACCAUCAUGACAGCAAUGGCUCCCGCCCACCCCCAAGAAAGAGGCAGCGUGUCCGUCUCUCGUGUCUAGAGUGCCGCAGGAGGAAACUCUCGUGUGACCGCGAGUUCCCUUGCUCUCGCUGUAUGCAGUCCGGCACUCCGGAGCGUUGCGAGUACGAGACCCGGCCCGGUCUGGCGCCGCCAAACAAGCUCGGCCUGUCUCACUCGGCCCUGGCCGGCUUCGACUCCAGGCUGUCGCUGCCCAAUGGCGGCAGCGGCGACUCGUCUUACUACCGCAAGGAUGCCCGCGAGUCCGAGAGGAUCCGUCGUCUCGAGUUGGAAAUUGCCCAGCUAAAGAACAUCGUGCUCAAGCAGCACGCCUCGCUUGAUGGUAGCACUGUUACAGACAACUCACCUCCUAUGCAGAAGCUUCACGCCGCCUCUGGAGAGGACCAAGAAAUCGGGGCGCAGUAUGGGUAUAACCAGUUUUCCGAUGCUGUGAACGAUGAGUCCAAGGAGGAGCUGCGAUUUCUCCGUGGCAAGGAGUUCAAGACGCGGUAUUUCGGCCCACACAGCGCAUCCCGUGCUUUCUCAGAGCUUGCCGGCCUUUGUCACUUUAUGAAGGAAACAUCGGAAGAGUUCUUCCGUCCGUUUACCAUUCCUAACACGAAGGACCGACAACAGCGUACAGAAGAGAGAGAGAUCAGGUUCCAUCAAGCGGAUGAGUCGCUCGAGUCUUUGCUGCCGUCCAAGGAGAGGACGGAUUCCCUUGUGACCAUCUACCUUGAUCAGUUCGAGCAGAUUCAUCGCAUUGUUCAUAUCCCCACCUUCCGCAGGGACUAUGACAAGUUUUGGGACCCUGCUCAAACAAGAUCAGCCGCCUUCACUGCUCUCAUCCUGGCCAUCUUGGGCGUUUCCAGUUGUCUCGGUUCACAUUUUCCCCAAGAGUUUGACAAAAUGAUCAGCCGCUCACAUGCUGAUGCACUCAAAUGGAUAGAUGCCGUUGAUGAGUGGCAGCAAAAGCAGAGUCAAAAACAUCGUCGUCUCAUCCACUACCAGAUCGCAUGUUUGGUGUACCUCGCAAAACGCGUCAACACGGUGAAGAAAAAGCGAUUCUGGAAAGGAGCUGGCGCCAUGUCGAUGGAUGCCAUCUCGGUUGGUUUGCAUCUCGAGCCCAGCCAUAAUAUCAGCCCCUUCAACCAGGAACUGAGACGCAGGAUAUGGGCAACCAUCCAGAGCUUUGAUCUGCAAGCAUCCUUUGACAUGGGCCUACCCAGCAUUCUCGGCGCUUUACACUUCAACGUCGAACCUCCUCGUAACAUUGACGAUGACGAGUUCGACGAAAACAGUAAAGAACUUCCUCCUUCUAAACCACCCACCGAGUAUACUUUUUCCUCCUACCAACAUCUCAGCCGGCAAAGCCUCGACCUUCGUCUUGACCUUAUCCGCGUCCUCAAUGGUCCAUGCGAGAAACUCGAUUAUGACCAAAUAAUACGCUACACCAACGAGAUCAAUCAAGAGAUCGACUCGUUACCCUCAUGGGACGUCACCGACGCCGAGGCUCCCACGGGCGUGUUAAAGAAACCUCUCCUCGCCUACACUCUCCUGCACAUCCAGCUUCGACAGUUCAUCAUCAAGCUCCAUCAUCCCUACCUGAAGCUUCGCAAAGACAAUUCGAAGUAUCAAUACUCCGAGAUAAUUUACUACAACGCUGCGCGCGACAUGGUCCUUCUCAACGACAAGCUCGCUCAGCAAGGCAUCCGCACCCUCAACUACCUCCGCGAAGACUGUCUCACCCUAGCCAUCAAUCUCUGCAGCGUCACCAUGCUGCAGCCCCGCGGCUCCACCAACAUGAUCAUGAUUAACUCGCAGCACACGCUGCAGCUUCUGGAGAAGUGCCUGGCCAUCAAGGAGGACCGUAUACUCCGAUGCGGCAACAACGAACCGUGGGGGUACUCGAUUAUGUGCGCAGCGGUUGGAUUGCUGGAGGCACACUUGGGGGUUAAAACAACAGAGCAAGCAAAGGCGACGAGCGCUGAAAGGUUUAUCAAACUGCACUGUAAACUCGUGCCGAUGACCCAGGGAGGAGCCGGUGGGUCCAACGAGAGUCAGCCGAGCAGUAGUCAGGAACGUGGACAUCAGUGUGGUGCUGAGAAGCAGGAAGACGCGGAGAGGCCACCACAGCAGCCUGGACUGGCUGGGAAUAGGGAGUCUGCGACGCCUGUUAAUGGUCAGCCUGCUGAUGUCUCUGGUGGUGUUGGGAAUAACAAAGUAGCGCCAAAUGGGCUAGCGACGCCUUCCAAUUCGCAGUUUCUAAAUGGGAUAGCGGCGGAUUAUAUGGCUCGGUUAAGGCCCCCAACGCCCUUCCUUCACCCCGGAAACACGCAACAACAGCCGCAACAAGCACCCAUGCCGCCAGUCACGCUCGGUCCGGCGGUAGACAUCCCGGGCACACCGUGGAGUGUAGUUCCCGGUGUUGGUCUGACGGGUGCUGGAGGCGAAUGGUCUAACGCUGGAGGUUUUCAGUUUCCUAAUACCAUGAACUCCGAAUUCGACAUGACCCAGUUAGGUGCUAGCAUGGGCGAACUUUGGCCGUCUGACUUGUGGGAUUUGAUAUAGUGGGACCAUUCUUAAGGGAACGGUAAGAUGCGGCAACAAAUCAAGAGAAGAGAGGAGGGAUCGAGCGAUCGAUCAUCAAGCGAAGAAAGCGAGCAACCAAACGAUUACCAUGGGGGCUUUUAGUAGACAAGCCAGGAGAAAGGCAGGCAUAUACACCUACAUGCCGUGGGUUAAAGAGGAGGGACAUGACCUUGAAAAAAAGCGCGAUGGAUCAUGGAAGAAGGGCACGAAAGGAAAGUGAAAGACAAAAAUUGGGGAUGGACAGCGAAAAGGCGAGCCAAGAGGAAAAGGACGGAGGGGGGAAGAAAAGAUAUAUUAGAAAGAAUGGUUUCACACGAAAGGAUUAAGGGAAGCACACUUCAGGAUAAUGUAUACUUUGGGAUAGUUGAUGAUGACAAGGAUGGGUGGGAUGCGAGCGUUGAGGUGCGUUGUCGCCUGGCUUGUGGUAUAUAGUAGAGAUAGAUACCGAUUAACGAGCACAGCGGUGGAAAGCAACAUUACUUGAUGGACAAGGAGAACAAUGGAACAACUGGUGUAGGUUGGUUGCAUCAC